AUGUUUGCAAGAAGUAGACUACUUACUCUUCCUAAACUUAAUCAAGUUAACAAAGUCAAACAUAUAUAUGGCUUCCAUACAACGGCUAUUUUACAAAGUGGGAAAGUCGUUGAGGCAACCUCUCAAUCUUUUCAAAAAUUAGUUUUAAAUGCGAAAGAGCCUGUCAUUGUUGAUUUUUAUGCAGAUUGGUGUGGACCCUGCAAGUUGUUGGCACCGAUUCUUCAUCGUAUCGUUACCGAUAACAAGAAAGUUACCCUUGUUAAGGUAAACACGGAUGAGAACCAAGAUUUGACCGAAAAAUAUAAGAUUACUGGACUUCCAACGGUAUAUUCAUUUCACAAAGGCAAACCGAUAGAACAUUUCAUCGGCGUAAAAUCCGAAGGAGCUAUUAAGGAAUUCGUAGAAAAAGCAGCUUGUUUGGCGGAUUAA